AUGGCUCCAUCAAGAAGCAGCGUACCAAUAUCCAACGGCCACAGCGAAGCAAAAACAGCCGUAGCGGCCAAGGACAAAAAGCUGGCAGUCGACAGUAUCCAAUUGGAGAACUUGUUGCUUCGAGACGAAGAAAUAUUUCAAACUUCGUUGAACUCUGACGACUACCUAGAUAGCCUUGCACCGAUUAUUAAAAACGCAGUCAAACUGAAUGGGUUGAAUGAGCUAAUAACCAAGUUGAAUGAUAUUGUUCACCAGAAAGACGAAGAGUUGAACCAAGUCUCUAUUGAGUCUAUGGAUGAAAUUAAUCAAUGCAUGGAAACGAUAGCAAGCAUCCACCGAAGUGCUGACGAAUUGAAUAACCAGUUUCUCACUGUGCACCAAGGCUUGAACAAAUCCGCCUUUGAGUUAAUGACAAGAAAGAAGAAUUACAUAAAGUACAAAGAAGUGUGCAAUCGAAUAAAUGAGACUCAUGUGGUGUUAACAGAAUGCAUACAGGUGUUGGAAUUGAUGAAUAGGAUUUUAGACUUGAUAAAGCAAACAAAGUACUUUCUGGCGUUAAAGUUGAUAGAUGAAAUGACAAACGUUCAUAUACAGAAAGUAGAUGAGUUUAGUUUUGCAAAGAAAAUAGUUGCGUCGACUCCACACUUAACGAAAAUGAUUGAAGAUGAUUCGUUUGAAAACUUGACUAAAUGGUUGUCCAUCAAUUUGGAGAGGAAGUUGCGCGCAGUGGGUGAAGCUUUGUAUGAAAAUCUUGCUGAAUUGCAAGAUAUUUGGAGAGAACAACAAAAUAAACACGAAAUGUACCGACCUUAUAAAUUGAACUCACCUGUUGAGUUGAGUUUGCGGGAUCCCACAUUGAAUUACGAUAUAUUUUUUGAUGAGUCGUUAAAGAUACCGUUAAAUAAUGUUUAUGAUGCAAUCUUGGUGUAUCUGACUCUUCAUGAAUUGGAUACUCUUAGGGAUGUUUACUACAAAGAGUGGAUGAAAAAAUACAGCCGCAUCAUUUAUCCGCUUACCUCAGCUUCCGCGAACAAGAAAGAGAUUAUCUUUAGCAACAAUGAACUAGACGAGUACUUGAAAAAGAUUGCAGCGUUUUUUGUCAUGGACAAGCAGUUGAAUUUGAUUACAAAAUUUCAGUUAAGAACGAACAAUCAAGCAGAUGAUUUGUGGAUAUCGUACGUAUCAAAAUUGAAGCCAGUUUUAUUGUUUAAUCUCAAGAGAAACGAUUUCUAUGACCUUCGGGAGCUACACGGAUUCAAACAAGUUAUUGGUGACUUUAUGCAAAUCAUGGAUUCAAACGAGUAUUACAUUGGUGAUCUUUACGAGGUGUUGAUGAUUAUCUUUAAGGACUACUUCGCUCCAUUAAUUGUGCAAGACUUUAGAAAGCAGUACAUUGGGGCCAUGCAAAAGGAGUUGUACACAUCAUUGCAAGUGGAUGAAAGGAGAUAUAGAGACGUUAUGAAAACCUUGUUUUACUUUAAGGAUGCACCGUUUGCCCCUGAACGUGUUAGAAACAAGUUCCCCGUCAAGUUUCCAUUCAGUGAAGACUAUGCAACUUUUUGUAAGAUUUUGCACAAACUAAUUCUUAAAACGUUAAAGUUUAUUGAAGUCUAUUACAACUACGAAAUCAACGAAAUAAUUAACGUCAUUGUCAAUGAUAUUUUUGAACAGUUUUUGGGCGAGAAGAAGGGAUUUGGAAUAGCGUGGGAAAUUGAAGAUUUUAUACGUAAAAACUCCACCAACAAAGAGGUCACUGCUCAAAGUUUUGUCAAUUUGGAGCACUACAUAAUAGGGUUGAUGGAAAUUGGUAAGCUUCUCAAUGUCACAUUAAGGCAAGAGACGGGCAUGGGGAUCCACAACAUCGACAACAACGGCACAUUCACGUUAAAGGCAGUGGAAACAUUCACCAAGUUGAAGAAAUUUUCCGAAGAAACGCUUUAUCAAAUGGUGGACACAAAGUUGCAAGAGUUGUUGGAUUUGGUAGAAUACGAAGAUUUUACACCACCAGUUCUGGAGCGCAAUUCGGAGGCCAAUUUUUCUGUCAAGGAUUUCGCAAUGUUUUUGGAGAAUUUAUUUACAUCCAUUUUCGAAAACUUAUCACCUCAAUUGCGUACUUUGGGUUUGUUUAGAGCGUAUGAUUUUGUUUCACAGUACUUUUUAGGUAUCCUCCACGAUGCACCCAAGUAUAAUUCAGUGUUUAUUGACAACUUUGACUUGGAUAUCAAGUAUCUUGAAAAAUCAAUGCAAAGAUUAGGUGACGCUGAAGAGGCGGCAGAUGCAUCGCAAGGUAAUGUUUCCAUAGAUUCUACAUUUUCGGAAUUACGACAGAGUGUUGAUUUGUUGAAGUUGGACAACUAUGAAGAGUACUUGACCAAUAAUACAUACAGGACAAGAAACUUUAGUUCGAUAAAGUUUGAAAAGGGUGUCCAAUUAAUCAGCAAAAUGCAAGGUAGGGAAGAUGCCUUAUUGGCACGCAAUUCAAGCAUCCAUAGAUCACCUCAACGCUCAAACACUACAAACUCAAUUUCCCAUUCAAUAUCCAGUCGGAAUUUUUCCAACCUUAUGGGAAACAAAUACAAUGAUGAAGACAGCACACCAGGGUUGAAUCUCAGGUCCAAUCCCAAUUCGAGACCUGCUUCGCCGUCACCAUCACCGAGAGCAGACUCUGGAGCAAGACUGUCACCUGGUUUGGCAUCAACAACUGGGUCAAUCACGGGUUCAAGACUUGCACAAUUUGCAGGCAGGUUCAAACAAAAUGGGCAAAAUGAUCAAAACGGCGAGUGA